AUGGUACAUACAGUACACCAGUUUCCACUUCCACAAAGUCUCCUCGAGAGUCAGCAGGAAGUGAAGGAAGCGACGCGACCUCAGAGGUACCCACACAGGGCCCAUUCACUUCAACUGCAGCUGACACCGACGGAGCACAACAGCUACCACCACAGCUACCCCCACACCUGCUUCCACAGCUACCACCACAGCUACCCCCACACCUGUUUCCACAGCUACCACCACACCUGCUUCCACAGCUACCCCCACACCUGCUUCCACAGCUACCCCCACACCUGCUUCCACAGCUACCCCCACACCUGCUUCCACAGCUACCACCACACCUGCUUCCACAGCUACCCCCACACCUGCUUCCACAGCUACCCCCACACCUGCUUCCACAGCUACCACCACACCUGCUACCACAUCAGCUGCCACAACUUCGGCUCCUGCAGCCACAACCACAGCUGCAGGGACCACUGCAGUAUCAUCUACGGGCCCUCCCACAGGUGUCACCACAGGAUCUGCUACUCAGUCCAGUUCUACAUCAGCUGGAGCUCUUCGAUGAACACCACCGGCAUGGGCAGCAACACUGGGGUUUGGACAAAUGGAUCCACUUGGAAUAAUUCUUCAAUGAGCUCUCUAUCUUGUCCUUCAUUCAUGUGUAAUUACUCCGACUGCUACUCUAUGUACAUGAGUCAAAACACCACCAUGUGUCCUGCUGGUCUCAACUAUUGUGAGUUGAUAAAACAGAUGGGGGUUUGCUACAUAGUUAGCUGCAGCGCCUCCUGUUCUAUGAGCUGUAGCAACACCUCUCAAAGCAACUGCUCUGUCGACUGCUGCAAUUCCACCAGCUGUCUCAACGAUACUUUUGCCUCCAUGAUGAUGAUGGCAACAACACCAGUGAUGACCACAACUAGCAGAGCAACAUCUACCACCAUGACUGCCCCAACCACACAAGGAGGAAAUAAAUGUCACAGAGGAAUAUGUACUAGCACCGACUGCUACAAAAGUUUUCAAACAGCCGAGGUUUGCUCUUCAUCACAACCACACUGUGAGUUGAAAAAGGAGACGGUUGGGAGCGGCCUGCAGUGGACCGCUGGAUGCACCACCAACUGCUCGGGACAGACUUCGUGCAAAGCCUCUACCCAGCCUCCGUGCCACCUCGAGUGCUGCAAUGCCACCAUGAGCUCCUGCUUGUGGCUGAAUGGCACACUGAACGUUCCCUCUUUCGCCACAAGAGGGCCCCAUCUGCAGCCACCAUUUGUUAUCUCUUCUGCUCUGCUCUGUGAUGUCCUCUGUGAGGAUGUGAUUGAGAGCAAACUCUUGGGGCUGGUGGAAUCAGAAAAGGAAUAUGCAGUUUUCCUGUACAGCCAUCGGAGAAUGGCCAUCACUGCAGAUGAUGUUUCUCUGGAGGAUAUUAUUCCUAUCUCUACAGAUUUUGAGGUUGUGGAAGUGUCUUCCCCUGAGGAACUUGCUGUUGUUGGGGCUGACAUAAGAAUAAGAAUCAGCUUUCUCGAGUCUGAAGUGGAGCUCCGACUUCCUUUUGGGUCUCAGUCGCGUCACUUCCUCAGUGAGGUCAACAAGGCCUGGAGUGAUGUGUGCAAGUCUUCUGCCCCGGUGCCAAAGUUUGAAUGGCUUGAUAAGUACCAUAAAGCCACCAAGGUGCAAGGAAGCGUCAGACAGGCGUUAUCUCCACUUGGCUCCAAGAUUUUAAGACUCAGUCAAAGGAGGAAAUCUGGUGGAAAAACAUCAGGCCAGAAGGCAUCUGUCGAAAAAGACACGGAUACCAAUUCCAACAUUGAUCCACAGAAGACCAAAACAUCUUCAAGCCAAGAGAGUCAGGGCAUCUCCAGUCGGGAGGACCGGGAUGACCUGGUUCGCUCUUCCAGCCACACGGCGUCAAACAAAGCUCAGAUUUUGGCCAUGCCUCAGUUCGGGCUGCGGGACAACCUCAUCCGCUGUGAGCUGCUGAAGAAUGAAGACCUCUACACCUACCUGGAGGACUUCAGUUUUUUCUUUGGCACGUACAAUGUGAAUGGACAAAUUCCAAAGGAAAGUCUCGGUCCAUGGCUCAGUUCUACUGUUGAGCCUCCGGACAUUUAUUGUGUUGGUUUCCAAGAGUUGGACCUCAGCAAAGAGGCUUUCUUCUUCAGCGACACCCCGAAAGAGCUUGAAUGGACAAAGGCCGUGACUGAGGGGCUGCAUCCAGACGCCAAGUAUGCUUUAGUGAAACUGGUGCGUUUGGUGGGCAUUAUGCUUAUCUUCUACAUAAAGAAGGAUCAUGCAGAGUUUUUAUCAGACAUCGAGGCUGAAACAGUGGGCACUGGCAUCAUGGGGAGAAUGGGGAACAAGGGCGCUGUGUCCAUACGCUUUCACUUCCACAACUCCGACAUCUGUGUGGUCAACUGCCACCUCGCCGCUCACACAGAGGAAUACGAGCGACGCAAUCAGGACUUCAAAGACAUUUGCAGUCGCCUCCAGUUUCGGCAGCUCGACCCGUCCCAGCCUCCUUUAACCAUCAUGAAGCACGAUGUGAUUCUUUGGAUGGGCGAUCUGAACUACAGAAUAAGUGACCUUGAUGUUGAUAAUGUGAAAGAAUUAAUCAGCAAUAAGGACUUUGAGACUCUUCACAGCUAUGAUCAGCUCAAGCGGCAAAUCGAUGAGGAGGCUGUAUUUGUUGGCUUCAAGGAGGGAGAGAUACAUUUUCAGCCCACCUACAAAUAUGACACUGGCUCAGACUUGUGGGAUACGAGUGAAAAGUGCCGUGUGCCUGCGUGGUGCGACCGCAUCUUAUGGAAAGGGAAGAACAUUCAACAGAAACAUUAUAAAAGUCACAUGGCACUAAAGACCAGUGAUCACAAACCAGUCAGCUCUUUGCUUGUAAUUCGGAUAAAGAGAGUAAAUGCAGAUGCUUAUAAGAAAACAUUUGAAGAGAUUGUGCGAAACAUAGACAAAAUGGAGAAUGAAUGCAUUCCUUCUGUGACAUUAUCAAAGCGGGAGUUCCACUUCAAAGAUGUGAAGUUUAUGCAGCACCAGGCUGUAACACUGAGUCUAUUCAAUGAUGGCCAGGUCCCGUGUCAGUUUGAAUUCAUUCAAAAGCCAAAUGAAAGCACAUAUUGCAAGCCCUGGCUCACUGCUAACCCUCCAAAAGGUUUCAUCCCUCAGGGUGGCACUGUGGACAUUGACCUUGAGGUGUUUGUGAACCGCACCACAGCUCCUGAACUGAACUCUGGAAAGCAGCAGAUUGAAGAAAUCCUUGUGCUUCAUCUGGAGAGGGGCAAAGACUAUUUCAUUUCUAUCACUGGAAACUAUCUUCCCAGCUGCUAUGGCACCUCCAUAAGAUCACUGUGUCAUAUAAGAGAGCCCAUUCAAGACAUGCCUCAGGAUGCCCUCUAUAAUGUGCUAAAUAUGACGGACACAGACAGUCGUGUGGAAAAAAAUCUUGACAUUCCCAAAGAGCUGUGGAUGAUGGUUGACCAUUUGUUUCGCAAUGCAAUUAAACAGGAAGAUAUUUUUCAGCAACCUGGGCUUCGGAGUGAAUUUGCAGAUAUAAGAGACUGCCUUGACACAGGCAUGCCAGAUUCUCUUCCAGGAAGUAACCACUCCGUUGCAGAGGCCUUGCUUCUCUUCGUGGACGCUCUGCCAGAGCCAGUUGUCCCUUAUUCGUUUUACCCUCAGUGCCUUGAAUGUUGCAGUGAUGCCAGUCAGUGUGUGAAGAUUAUUUCCAUGCUACCUCAAAAUCAUCAGAAUGUUUUCAACUAUAUAGCUGCCUUUCUCCGUGAAUUGUUGAAGAAUUCUGUUCAAAAUCGAUUAGAUGUCAACACAUUGACUACAAUAUUUGGAUCGUUGAUCCUACGGUCACCAACAAAGCAAGAUCUUACAGAAAAGCGCAAGACUCAAGAGUUCUUCCAACACUUCUUGGUCCAUGGCUCGUCACAUAAAGAGGCUGAGCCCUCUUGA